CCCACUCUCCAAGCCCAACUCCUUCAAAUCAGCCACACCCCGAAGCCAAAGGGGUGGCGUUCGAAUCCCAGAUCACCGCCGGGCAGCACUAGCACCACGUCCUCCGGCGACACCUUCCCUUCAACAGUUUCCUGGAGGCCGAGUCGCGGCCUGCUGAGCGAGGCGGCGGCGGUGGAAGACUUCCACUGGAACCGGCUUGAGCUGACCUUCACCUCGAUCCGGUGGUAGAGAACUUCCUCCGGUUGGAUCUCUGACGAAUCCGGCGUCUCCUCUGUCAUCACAUCUAAAUCUCUGCCAUCUCAGAAGAUUUCAGGAAAGAAGGGUCGCGGAAGCGUUUGGUCGCGGGACUCUGUCGGCCGCAACAUAGGAAAGAACGGUGAUUAAGGUGCGGCGCGGCGAGGAGCUGCAGUCGCGGGAGGAGGCGAGCAAUCUGUUCGCUGCUCUUCCCCUUCUGUAUCAGCGAAUCAAGAAGCGGGUCUUCAAGGGGUUACGGCCAGGUCGGGUUCCCUCACGGAAACGCUAGCGGACGACCCGAGCACACAUAUAGAAGCGUACAGAAUAGCAUAGGAAGAACAAGAAAGGGAGCGUCGGAGACGGGGGACUGAAAGUGAGUAAGUGUGCUGAUUAAGAACCAUGAGGAGAAGGCCUGGAAUUUCUGGUUUGCAAAGUGCAGCUGCUGCUCGGGAUCAAUAUCGAUUGGUUGGCGAAAAUGUAGCCAAGAUAAGAACAGAUCUCAUGAAAGAACAGCUUGCAACAUUUCGAUCUCAAUUAGAAGAAUUUGCUCGCAAACACAAGAAUGACAUCCGUAAAAACCCUACGUUCAGAACACAGUUCCAUGAGAUGUGUGCUAAAGUUGGAGUGGAUCCCCUAGCUUCUAACAAAGGAUUUUGGGCAGAGUUGUUAGGGAUUGGCGACUUCUACUAUGAGCUUGGGGUUCAGAUAGUUGAGAUUUGUUUGGCAACCAGAUCACACAAUGGAGGUUUAAUCAACUUGCAGGAGCUCUGCAGUCUUCUGUGUCAGAGGCGAAAAACCGCUCGUGAAGCAGUAUCGGAGGAUGACUGCUUGCGUGCUAUAAGUAAGUUAAAGGUCCUCGGUAGUGGUUUUGAAGUAAUUACUGUUGGGAAGAAAAAGCUUGUCCGGUCAGUUCCUACUGAGUUGAACAAAGAUCAUAAUGAAAUUCUUGAAGUGGCUCAGGCCCAAGGCUAUGUGACCGUAGAGGAGAUCGAGAAGACACAUUCCUGGCCCUCGGGUCGUGCAAUCGAUGCCCUCGAAACUUUGCUAGAAGAGGGUCUCGCCAUGAUUGAUGAUGGUCAUAGAGAUGGGAAGCGCCGGUAUUGGUUUCCUUGUGUAGCUCCCAUUUCUGCAGCCUUGGGAGCUGAGGGGUUGAGAUCAUCCUCAUAGUUGAUGCUCAGGGGGUGGGACCGCGUUGUUCCGUCGCGAAGUCCAUCGACAACCUGAAGUGGUGGGUUCCACAAGUGUUUUCAUCAUCUCCGACCGCAUUGGUCGGAGGGAAAAAAAAAAGAAAAAAAAAAAAAAAGAAGAAAAAAAAGGUCGCUUUUUUGACCGGUCGUUGUUGUCUGGACUCUGGUUGUUUGCGUUGAAUGUAUUAAUAUAAAACUUUUGCAUAUAAGAACUGAUGAUGGAUCUGUAACAUUGGUCCGCUUUAAAUAGUUUUUGUUUUAUCUUAUCUGAUUGUUUAUGUGGGAAAAUUCUUUAUAUGUCUUGGUCGUGCAACCAUUUUAUUGAGGGAUUAUAGUCAUGUUGUCUUC